GCGAGACGUGACCUUAUGAUUGAGCAGCAGCAGCAGCAGCAGCAGCAGAGUGUCUUUGGAGCGUCCUGCAGGAUGGAGCAGCAUCUGUCCGUGGUCGUGGCUCUGGUCCUGGUGUCGCUCUGCAAAGGCUGGCCGGCUCCAAACUUCUGUCACCAGAAACCAUGUCCCGAGUACCAAUUGGUUGGUGCAAAUCAGGAUUUUGAGGAGCGUCGAUACGUUGACAUUGACUUGAUAACCACCACGGUGGACGACCAGACUCCAGCGGCUCUGAUGGCUGCAAGGUCGAGGCUGGAAAGUUACCGCCAGAGUCAGAAGAAAGCAGGUUAUGAGAUCCCCUCAGACACCUGGCCUGGAAUGAUCACUGUCACGGAAGGGGAAGGCGACCCCCACCUGUCCUAUUCCUGGUUCCUUCCCCCCGGCACCGCGAGGACCAACAGCACUGAUCCAUCAGUCGCCGUGCAAACGAGACCUGGGGCCACUGUCUAUGUCAGGGUGUUCGGUGAAUUGCCCAGCAUCGAGUCUGGCCGGAAAAACGCAGCGUUGCUUCGUGCCGCCCUGGGACAAGCCGGGAAAGCGUUCGAUCAGCACACCUACACCGGGGCCGGCUACGACGGCUACUUCUCCCUGUGGCACCACAACGAGAUCUGGAUCAGCGCCGCCUGACGACAGCGCGCGCCGUCCAGCGAAGUUGUGCUGCGGGGCCUCGGCCAAGGAAGCUGAGGAGUCGGGAAUCAAACCACCAACCCGCUCCUGACGUCCCUCGCCACUAAUAUCUGCUGCAAACAACAAACAUAUUCACAUGUGCUCGCCCUUCGACAAUAAACUGUGGACAGCUGUACCCGUG